UAUGCAGCUGAGGCAAAACACAACUCUGAGAAUAACUCACUGGAAGGAGAAAAUAAAGCGUGAGAAAGAAAGAAUCAACUCUGAAUUUUCAAGUCUUCACACAUUCCUGCACCAGGAGGAGGAGUUAUAUAUGUGUCAACUGGAGAAAGAAAGAGAGCAGAAGCUGAGCAGUCUGCAGGACAAUGUAGCCCAUCUGGACAACAAACUACAGGAACUCGAGAACCACAUCCAGGAACUGGACAAGAAAUGUCAGGACUCAGCACAGAAUUUGCUGCAGGAUAUAAAGGACACUUUGGGCAGGUACUCAGCUAUUAGUGUGGAAGCACCAAAAGAUGUUUCUUUGGAGGUGCAUACUGUGUGCGAUAUCUCUAAGCUUAACUUUAAUGUGAGAAGAGUUUUAAAGCGCUAUCAAGACAAUGUGACUCUGGAUCCCGAUACUGCUCAUCCAGAUUUAAGCCUGUCUGACAAUCAGAGAACAGUGGCUUACAAAGGAAGCAUACCGAUGUAUCAAAAUCCUGGAGGAUUUAGUGUCUUAUCCUGUAUCCUGGGCCGUGAGCGCUUCACCUCAGGAAGACAUUACUUUGAAGUGGAUGUGCAAAUAGGAGUUGAGUGGGGUGUCGGAGUUUGUCUGGAAAAUGUACCAAGGGGCACUGACAUUGUACAAGAGCCUCAGUCUGGAUUCUGGGCCAUCAGACUGAGAAAGGACAAGAUCUGUUUAGUCCUUGCUUCUCCCCAAAUCACCCUUCCCUUGAGGGUCCAGCCUCAAGUUGUAGGGAUUAUUCUAGACUGUGAUGUUGGGCUUGUGUCCUUCUACAAUGUUACUACUGGUUCCUACAUCUACACCUUCCCCAAGGCCUCCUUCUCACAUGCUCUUAGACCUUAUUUUGAGGUUUAUCCAUUUUCUUCAUUGUCCCUGAUUUCCUCAAAUAAGUAAGAAAAAAAGGAAAGUUUCCUUCUAGUUAAACCAGCAUAGAAAUUAGUUGGUAAAUCCAGUUGGGAACAGAAAUUGGAUUUAAUUUCUUCCUGGCUGUUUCUCCAUAACUAGAACAUUAUCUCAAACAUUUGUAAUGCAUAAAACCUGCAUUUAAGUAAUGUAUAUUAAGUAAUAUUCAGACUGUAACACGAAAGAUAAUGUACCUGCACUAUAGUGGAAUAAUGUUCUUCAUAACUAGGACAUUAUCUCAAACAUUUGUAAAGCAUAAAACCUGCAUUUAAGUAAUGCAUAUUAAGUAAUAU